AUGCAUAACACGUGCCUUGGCAAUCUUGAUAGACAAGUGAAGAAAUUCUCGGGACGAUACAGAAAAAGUAUCCUAGACAUGAAGACAAAUUUUGUAAAGAAAAUCGACAUAAAUUCAAAAGCAGAAAAAGGUUGUAAUAUUACAGGAAUUGCAAUAAUAUCCGAAGCUGAAAUUCUUUUCGCAGAAUAUGAUAAUGUAUGCUUAAAUAUAUUUAAUCAUAAAGAGGGUAAAAUUACAUCAACAAUGAAAACAUCGAGUGGGCCAGCUGACGUCACUACAAUAAAUUCCUUGUCUGCUGCCACAACUUUACCUGAGGAGGGCAAAAUCAUGUUUAUAAAUACACAAAAUGGAUUGUCUGUAAGUCACAGUCUGCAAGUCGGAAUAGGAUGUAGUGGAAUAGAUCAUCGAAACGGUAUAAUGGCAGUGACUUUUAUUAAACCUGCUGCUGUCCAGGUAUUAGACAAGGAAGGUCAUAUACUUCAUCAAGUCAGUGAUACAAGCAUAUUGGAUCGACCACUUUAUGUAUCUCUGAGUAACGAUAAUGUGAGUAUGUACGUGUCUGACUGGAAGAACAAUGCGGUGUAUGAAUUUACUCUGACAGGACUUCUGAAAACUACAAUUAAAAGUAAGGAGAUGAAAUUUCCAUGUGGCCUAACAUUCACCAACUGCGGAAAUGUUGCUGCUUGUUAUUUGUUAAAACAUGACAAAGUCGGGGUGAUUGUACCUGGAACAAGAGAACUGUUACCUCUCUAUGUUCAAAAUGUGCUGAUGCCACGUUCUCUCCUCAUUUGUGAAGACCAGGGUAAAUUGUUUAUCAGUGAACAUUAUGAAUCAAAAGAACCUAACUACAUUAAAGAAUAUGACUUAAAGUAA